GCAAAAAAAAAAUCUACCUGUGCAAUAUAUAAAACUAAAGACGCAGUUAGAAAAACGAGCUCGUGUUUGGGGAAAGUGUCUGUGCUGUUGAAAAAAUAUCCAUUCUUACUUAAACCAGGAAGUGAAACAGUGUUAAAAAAUGAAAUUCAUCUAUAAAGAGGAGCACCCGUUCGAGAAACGCAAGCAGGAGGGCGACAAAAUACGUCGCAAAUAUCCCGACCGUGUUCCGGUAAUCGUUGAGAAGGCACCGAAAGCUCGCAUCGGAGAUCUGGACAAGAAGAAGUAUCUGGUUCCGUCGGAUUUGACGGUCGGCCAGUUUUAUUUUCUGAUCCGGAAGCGCAUCCAUCUGCGGCCUGAAGAUGCUUUGUUCUUUUUCGUAAACAAUGUCAUUCCACCGACGUCUGCCACAAUGGGAUCGCUGUACCAUGAACACCACGAAGAGGAUUAUUUCUUAUAUGUUGCCUAUUCUGAUGAAAAUGUUUAUGGAUCUGCUAACUAGAGGUGAUGAGCUGAUUACGUAUUGAAUUAUUACAAUAAAAUAUUUUAUAUUAGCUUAGUGAAUAGAUGAAACUUCAGACAGAAGUGGAAAAUGGCGUAUUGCUAGGAUUGUGAUAUGACACUGAACUGAAGCAUGAGUCAUCCUUAUAAUGAAUAAAACAGCUGUGUAAACUUUUAAAAUUAA